GAUUUUCGUGUAAAAUUUCCUCAAAGUUUUGUUAUAAAUUGAAUUAAAUUUAUUUUGUGAUAAUUUUAUUAUAUUUAAUCAAAUUUUAUUUAUAGAUGAAUGAUAACUGAAAUAAUUAAUUGAAACAAAUAACUGGUAAAAGUAAUGAUAAAAAUUUAUUGAAUAAUCAACUAAAUGAUGGCAUUGAAGGGCUAUCGUGUGGUAGAGUUGGUAGGUCUGGCUCCGGCACCUUUCUGUGGACUAAUACUCAGCGAUUUUGGUGCUCAAGUCAUUCGUGUGGAUCGGCCCCACUCCAAACAACCCGAUUGUUUGAAAAGAGGCAAAAAGUCGUUUCACAUCGACUUGAAGUCCAGUGAUGGCAAACAAGUCUUUAGAAGAUUGACACAAACGGCUGAUGUAGUCAUUGAGCCCUUUAGACCAGGAGUUAUGGAAAAUCUUGGUUUGGGUCCAAAAGAUUUGAUGACAAACAAUGAAAAACUAAUAUAUGCGCGAUUAACCGGUUAUGGACAGACAGGACCGAUGGCCAAAAGGGCCGGACAUGAUAUUAACUAUUUAGCCCUAUCGGGAAUACUGUCAAUAUUAGGCACCGCCAAAACUCCUUCACCGCCUAUCAAUCUGUUGGGAGAUUUUGCAGGUGGAGGACUAUUAUGCUCUUUAGGUAUAUGUAUGGCUCUUUUGGAGAGAACUAAGUCUGGCAAAGGACAAGUGGUCGACUCGAGUAUCACUGAAGGCACCGCUUAUGUCUCGUCGUGGAUCUGGCAUUCAAUGUCUGAUAAAUCAACCGUUAAGGACAUGGUUUGGUUACAACCGGGACAACGGGAAAGAAACUUAUUAGAUGGAGGAACACCUUUUUACAGGUGUUAUCUCACUAAAGACAACAAACAUAUGGCUGUCGGUGCUCUUGAACCACAGUUUUAUGAUAAGUUUACAGAAAUACUUGAAUUGGAUACAAAUCUGUACAAUAGAUACGAUUUCACUAAAUGGCAUCAAUUGACUGAAAAAUUAAGUCAAAUAUUUGCCACAAAAACUCAAAAAGAGUGGAUCCAAGUAUUUGAUGGGACAGACGCUUGUGUGAGUCCUGUACUUGAGAUCGAUUCAGUUCAACAAUAUGGUCAUCAUAUUGACAGACAAUCAUUCUUCAGUGAUGGUACUCCUAAACCAUCACCUAUAUUGUCACGAACGCCAACACUUAGAGAUAACAAUAAUAAUAAUAGUAAUGAGGAGAUGGUAGACAAAGAGUUGCUAAUAGAUAUGGGUUAUACUGAACAAGAGAUUAAUCUAUUGGUCACUAAUAAGACAAUUGAAAUUGGAAUCGAUUUUAAUUCAAAGUUGUGACACAAUUAAUAUUUUAUUAUAUUAUAAAAAUAUAAUUUUAAACAAUUUAUAA